UAUGCUCCCCCUACAAAGUGCCUGCUUGGUUGGAGAUGGCACCAUUGAAACCAUCGGAAGGAUUUUGGCUGCAGCUGUCUUACACGGUGGUCAUUCAUUGCAAUUCCUGAACCCAGUAAUUGCGGAGCUUCUGAUAGACGAGAAGCCUAAAUUGUCUGUCAACAUGAUUCCCAAUGUAGAGAAAAGAGAGUGUGUGCAGAAGGUAAUGAAUGGAAUUGAUACAACAUCGGAACCGAUAUUCCAAGAUGUGGCCGAAGAAAUCGGCUGGCGAAAGGAGCUGACACAGCUCAACAGACCGUCUUUCGUGUCAGCGGCUUGUCAACAUUAUGUACUCUUUCAUCAACAGGCAGCCAUUACUUCUCUUGUUAAGGGAAUGCAGUUUUAUGGCAUGGGAGACUAUUCAAAGUCUUAUCCGGAUUGCAUACGGAGUAUAAUCGGCAGUCCUAUGUUGGAACAUUUUAACGCUGACAAUGUAUUUGAUCUGUUCACGAUUGAAUACAGCGAACAAGGCACCAACAACCGAGAGAAGGAGGAAGCCACAACGAUGUUUUUUAUAGAGUUUUUAGAAAAAUGCAACGCUAAUGAUGCUGAUGUUGACAGUCUCUCACUAGGCGAUUUUCUUGAAUUCUUCACGGGUUCAAGACGUCCGGUACUAGGAGGCUAUCACGUCCAACCGAAAAUCACGUUUUCGGAUGACAUGCUUCCUGUCGCAUCCACUUGUGCUUUUAGUAUUGUGCUACCCAGGGGGCACACGACAGCAGACGAGUUCUCAUCGUUAAUGGUAUAUGCCAUUAGAAACAGCUUUGGGUUUGGUGUUGUGUAAUAUAACUUGUUUUAAUUAAUUUUUUUAAACUUGAAUAUGUUUCAACUUUGUCUUGGAUAUAGAACAUCAAACCUUUUUUUUUUUAAAUCGUCUUUUUUUAUUAAAAUUAAUAAAUCAAUUAUUAUUAUCUUCAAUACUGUAUUGUAGUUUCAGUAAACCGAAUAUAAAAAGAAAUCGAUUGUUAACCAUCUAGUGCAAAGCAUUUGGCCGUACAUUAUUCUUUAAGUUGAAUCUCAGAGCCCACUAAUCCGACCCGAGAAUCAGAAAGCCUGUGUGCUAUUCUUACGCGUUGGAUAGUACAUAAAAUAGUGUUCAUUUUCUGUAAUCUACCUUUAUUUUGUACAACAUGAAUCCAUUUGUGUAGAAAAUAGCUUCAGGUUUAUUUAAGAAAUUCCACAGUGAGGUAUGUGCGUUGUGAUAAUGUAAAAAUAUGAAAUUGAGGCUGAGUAAAAAUAUGUAAAUAUGUAAA